UCUCCAGACGUCCGUCACUUCACCACCGAGCAGAGGAAAAGAUAUAUAUUUAUAUAUAUAAAUAAUCACCGUCUCCUCGAUAUCUCACGUCUAUCAUCUGCUUCUGGAAGAUGGAAAACCGUGGCAGCGCGACGAAGAGCGCGAUGAAGAGCGUGCUGGUCGCCAUCGUCCUGGUGGCUCGGUUCGGAUCGGCAGCGGAGAAGCUGGCGUCCUGCUGCACGAAGGUCACCAGGCAGGAGAUCGCCGACCCCGUCAUCGGGUACCUGGUGCAGCCGCCCAACCCGCCCUGCGUCAAGGCCGUCAUCUUUCAAACGAAGACGGGUCUUUACUGCAGUCAGCUGACGGCGCCCUGGGUCCACCGCAAGAUCAUCGCCUUCCGGGCAGAAAAAGCUCGGGCCAUCGUUUCAUCUCUGGUCCGGUCGUCUCCAGUCUCCCUCCUCUCCCUCAUCACAUCCACAGCCUCCCCAUCUUCAUCCUACUCCUCCCCAUCAUCGUCCUCCUCCCCAUCAUCAUCCUCCUCCACAUCUUCAUACUCCUCCUCCCCAUCAUCAUCCUCCUCCCCAUCAUCAUCAAAGCGAUGCUUGAAGGCCGGAGGUGUGAACCCCUUGAACGCGUCGUCAGCGGUUGCCUUGACAACGACUCCCCGAUAA